AUGCCUACAGAACUACCAACAUUGCUUGCCAGUGCCGGACUACAAUUAAUUCGUUAUCGUUAUUCGUCAUGGCUCAUAUUUGGUGUUCCAGGCUGUUUACUCAAUAUUAUUAUUUUGUCACGACGACAAUUUCGCAUAACAUCAUGCUGCAAUUACUUAUUGGCAGCUUCAGUAGUUUUAUUCAUACUUAUAUGUUUUGGUUCUGCUGCAAAUCUCUAUGCACUUGAUCAUCCCGAUCCGAUGACAACAAUACGUGCUUUUUGUGAGUCACGUCUCUAUAUAGUGCAAUCAACUGUCAUGAUGGGACGUUGGUUAGUAGCUGUUGCUUGUAUCGAUCGAUAUGCAUUAACUCCAAGAAGUUCUCGCAUACGAAAAUUUGCCCAAGUACAUAUUGCACGUUAUACGAUUGCAUACACGAUUGUUGUUUGGCUUAUCUUACCCAUUCAUAUGAUUAUAUAUUAUAAGAUAAACUCAGUGGCUAAUAUUUGCACCCUUUCAUAUAGCGGAUCAAUAGCAUUCUAUCAUAGUAUCUAUACUAUAACUAUGGGUGGUAUUCUUCCGGCAACAAUCAUGAUUACAACUGCAAUACUCAUUCGAUAUAAUCUUGCAACGAAACGAAAUCUCUGUGGAAAACAGACCAAUCCUAAUAAUGCUACCGCUCGAUUGAAUGCUAAUUCAAGUGCUCAACGUAUUCGUGAUCAACAAGCAUUAGUCAUGUUGUUUGUACAAGUCACUUUCUAUUGUAUUGUUCAAAUACCUCAAUUCGCUCGAACAAUGUACGGAGCUAUAGCCAACAAUGUAUCAAAUAAGUCAGCCGAUCGGUUAGCUAUUGAAAAAUUUACAUUUACUGCAACAGAAAUGUGUGCUUAUCUGUUUCCUGUGUCAGCAUUUUACUUAUACGUAUUAGUGUCACGUAUAUUUCGACAUGAAUUAUAUUCCAUUGUAAGCACAUUGAUAAAUAAGUGUUUCGAUCGUCGCAAUAUUCGCAUUAGACCAAUCACAAUUAUACAAAAUGCUACUACAGAACGUAAAGACAAGCAUAUGACUUCUUAA